AAAGAAAGAAAGAGAAAGAAAUGAAAAGAAUAAGGAAUAUAGCCUAUGUUGAAAUGGCUUGCCAUAGGUUGGCUCUCAAUAGUCUAGAGUCUAGACCCUAGUCUAGAGGUACACUGACAGUGCCCUUUGCAAAGAGGUCACAUACACACUGUACGGACUCUACAAUCGCACCUGUGCUCUCUGUUCAGCGCAAUGGCUUAUUAAAGUGUCAAAAGAGGGAUCGCGCGAAGAAAGAGAGCACCUGUGCUACGUCACUCCGCCCUACUUAGAACUCCACGAGCGAUUUGUACUUCCUCAAACGGCUCAAUCACUAAAGCAAGCAGGCGUCUCAGAGAAGAGUCUGCUUCUUCCGGAGCAGAGGCUGAGGGGUGUUUCUGAGGGUUGCCAUGGCCCCUUUCCUGAGGAUUGCGUUUAAUGCCUAUGAUCUUGGCACAUUCUCACCAAUGGCUGAGGCACCAUUCUGUGCCAUCAAAAUGAAAGAAGCUCUCAGCACUGAACGAGGAAAAACAUUGAUCCAGAAGAAGCCCACCAUGUAUCCUGCUUGGCGAUCAACAUUUGAUGCACAUAUUUAUGAGGGACGUGUCAUACAAAUCUUACUCAUGAGAACCGCAGAGGAACCUUUAGCAGAAGUUACUGUGGGUGUGUCUGUGUUGGCAGAAAAAUGCAAGAAGGCAAAUGGACGUGCAGAGUUUUGGGUUGAUUUGCAGCCUUCAGGGAAGGUUAUGAUGUCUGUACAGCUCUUUUUGGAAGAUUCAGAUACAGACUGUCGUCAGUCAGUAGUAUUGGAAGACGAGGCACCAACACUCAAUCGCCGUCGUGGAGCAAUUAAACAGGCGAAGAUUCACUUCAUCAAAAACCAUGAGUUCAUUGCCACCUUCUUCAGACAGCCCACCUUCUGCUCUGUCUGCAGAGAUUUUGUUUGGGGUCUUAACAAGCAAGGUUACAAGUGUAGACAAUGCAAUGCCGCUAUCCACAAGAAGUGUAUUGAUAAAAUUAUUGGAAGGUGCACAGGCACUGCAGCCAAUAGUCGAGAAACUAUGUUUCAGAAGGAACGUUUUAAGAUUGACAUGCCACAUCGAUUUAAGACCUACAACUACAUGAGCCCCACCUUUUGUGACCAUUGCGGUAGUCUGCUGUGGGGUCUUGUCAAACAGGGCCUCAAAUGUGAGGACUGCUCCAUGAAUGUCCAUCAUAAGUGCCAGACUAAAGUGGCCAACCUGUGUGGCAUCAACCAGAAACUAUUGGCAGAGGCUCUUACCCAAGUCUCAAGUAAAUCCACCAAGCGACCUGAAAGCAACGCGCAGAGCAACUCACAGGAUGUUGGUGUUUACCAGGUUUUUAAUAAAAGUCCUGAUGUUAAUGUAGAUGGGGCUCCUUGUGGUCAUCUGUGGGAGGGUUCGAGUCCUCGUCCCUCCUCACGCAUCACCCACCAAACACGUAUCACUGCUGAGCAUUUCAUUUUCCAUAAAGUCCUGGGCAAGGGAAGCUUUGGCAAGGUGCUGUUGGCUGAACUAAAGGGCACUAAGGAAUGGUUUGCUGUGAAGGCAUUGAAGAAAGAUGUGGUGUUAAUGGAUGAUGAUGUAGAGUGCACUAUGGUAGAAAAACGAGUGCUGGCUCUCGCCUGGGAAAAUCCGUUUCUUACACACACCUACUCCACUUUUCAGACCAAGGAGCACUUAUUCUUUGUGAUGGAGUAUCUGAAUGGAGGAGACUUGAUGUUUCAUAUACAGGAAAAUGGGCGUUUUGAUCUGUACAGAGCCACGUUCUAUGCAGCUGAAAUAGUGUGUGGCCUGCAGUUUCUCCAUUCCAAAGGCAUUAUUUACAGGGAUAUCAAGCUGGAUAAUGUGAUGUUAGAUGGAGAAGGCCAUGUAAAAAUAGCUGAUUUUGGAAUGUGUAAGGAGAAUGUGUUUGGGGACAAUCGGGCCACAACCUUCUGUGGAACUCCAGAUUAUAUCGCUCCUGAGAUUCUGUUGGGUCAGCAGUACUCAUUCUCAGUAGACUGGUGGUCGCUUGGCGUGUUGGUGUAUGAGAUGCUGAUUGGUCAGUCUCCUUUCCAUGGUGAUGAUGAGGACGAGCUGUUUGAAUCAAUCCGAAUGGACACACCUCAUUAUCCCCGCUGGAUCACAGUGGAUACUAGAGACAUGCUAGAAAGGCUGUUUGAGCGUGACCCAUCACGUCGUUUAGGGGUUGUGGGUAAUAUACGAGGCCACCUAUUCUUCAAGACUGUCAACUGGUCUGCUUUAGAAAGGAGAGAAGUUGAGCCCCCCUUCAAACCAAAAGUGAAAGGUCCAAAUGACUGCAGUAACUUUGACCGGGAGUUUUUGAGUGAGAAGCCCCGUCUCUCACACUGCGAGAAAGGCCUGAUUGAAUCCAUGGACCAGAGCGCUUUUGCUGGGUUCUCGUUCAUUAACCCAAAAAUGGAGCAUCUUCUACAAAAAUGACAUACAAUGUAGUCAAAAAGAAAAAGAUCUAUUAUGUGCAUGUGAUUGUAGUAUUGAGCCAGUUUAUUGCUUCAACCAAACCAACCAUGAGCACUCUCUCAACACUUCCUUUCAAAUGACUGAACUCUAACCUUCUAAGACACGACAGGCCUUUUGUAACCUGAUAUAUGUUUUGAGCCUUCUCAUGGUGCAUCAGUGAGAUUGCAGUCUUGUUGCAUUUUAAGGUGCCCCAAUCUCAGUGCAAUUUUAAACUUGUCCUCUCGAAGUUAGGAUGUCUUAAAAUAACUUUGCUGGGUUAGUACAAACUUGACAGUUGAAUGCAGGGAGUGUGCUGUUGGUUCUGUUUGGGAAAAGAACAAUUCAAAGAAAUGUACAAAAACAUUAGUUCAGAGAUUAUAUACAAGUGUUUAAAUCAAUAUGUGCAUGCUACAGUCAUGGAUUAUUUCGUGCAUUUCUGCUGUGAUAUGGGUAAUUAUGUUUGAACAAAGGAUUGACCUGAAUUUGUGUUGAAUGUGUGCUUUGUAAGUGUUGUGUAUAUAUUGUAUUUUAAAUAGUUUGAAAACAAUGUGUAUAUCUGGUACAGAAACAUAGCUAUCUUUAGCUCAGAGAGUCAUCUGUUUGAGUUUUAGUGUGUAUAUUGUUGCAUUUUAAAGUGUUUUUAUAAAAUGUACUGGAGAGACCACAUGAUCAAAUGCUGUACAUGAUUCUGUCUUGCAAUGAGAAACUUCACAUGGUCCAAUAAACAUUUUGAUGGUGAAAAAAAAAAA